AUGUCUCAUGGUACUUCUUAUGUGCAACUCAUGAUUUCCGGUACACGGAGUCAGAAAUACUCGAUUGACUACUGGUCCUUCGAAGUUCGAGAAGGGAGGUAG